AUGAAGCAUUCAAAGAAGACAUAUGACUCUUUUCAAGAUGAACUUGAAGAUUAUAUCAAAGUGCAGAAAGCCAGAGGCAUAGAGCCAAAGACUUGUUUCAGAAAGACGAGAGAGGACUGUUUGGAAACUUGUGGGUACAAAGAAGAGGUUGAUUACAGACCGAGGCAUAGAAUGUUUGAUCACAGACUCUCAUCUGAGACUGUCCAGACCUACCCGAGAUCAUGCUCUAUUUCACCAAAGGUGGAAAACCGGUUACCUCAGUGGCUACCAGCUCAUGACAGCAGGCUAAGACUAGACUCUCUGAGCUACUGCCAAUUCACCAGGGACUGUUUCUCAGAAAAACCAGGACCCCUGAACCUUAGUCACUUAAAGCUGCGUGGCCCAUACAGAAGUGUGGAAUCUGGAGUUUACAAGCGUCUCUCCUCAGAAAACAGUGUCAGCGCCCAUCAAGCCAGUCAUAAACAGAUACAUCAGCAGGGGAAAAGGCACCCAGAGGAAGCCAGAGAAAAAGCAGAGGAGGAGCGGCCCAAGCAUAGGAGGAAAAAAGGUUGUGAGGAAAUAGAUGUAGACAAACACAAGAACUUCCAAAAAAAUGAAACACAAAUGGAAAAUUCGGCUGAAAAGCUUAAGAAUCGAAAGGAGAAAAAAGGCCGAGAUGUGGCCUCUAAGAAAGAGGAAUGUAAGCGUAGAAAAGAGAAAAAGGAACAAGGUAAAGAGAGGACAGAGGAAGAAAUGCUUUGGGACCAGUCUAUCCUUGGAUUUUGAAGAUCCUGAGUUGGUUCUCCUGAGGU